AGGUUAGGGUGAGGCAGGAAACCACGACACGCCUUUGUUGGGACUUGUAUAAGAGCACAGGAAUAGAAAAGCAAAAGAAGGGCAAGAAUAAAACAGGAGAAAUAAAGAAGAGGUGAACAUUUUUGGAUGAUCGCUCAGGUUCCACAGACCUUUGGAAGGACAUGAUAUAAAGUGUAGGUGGCAAAUUUUUGGUAGAAGGGAAGCAGUUGAGGACAAAAAAAGAUUUUCAUUUCAAUAACCAAAGAACUCCAGGUGGCAAUGAUAUGGAUUCUGUAACAAAGAAAACAAGGCAAGAUGGAUCAGAAGUUACUGAAAGACUUAUUACAGAGACUGUAACCACAAGACUGACAUCCUUACCACCCAAAGGAGGGAGCAGCAGUGGGCUCAAAACAUCAUCCCACACUGGAGGGAGUGGAGUGGAAAAGCGGUCGUACACCCAUGGAAGCAGCUAUGUGACCUCAAGUGGAAGUGGUAGAUUGAAUUCAACAUCAUCAACCUCCAGCUACAGACAAGCCCAGUCUCCCAGUUCUACUCUCACCAAAUCACCUGGCUCAACAUUUGAAAGAAAAACCUAUGUCAACCGCCAUGCAACAUAUGAAGGGAGCUCCAGUGCCAACUCUUCUCCUGAGUUUCCCAGAAAAGAUUUUGCAUCUGCCUCUACGAGAGGGAGAAGCCAAAGUCGAGAGAGUGAAAUACGAGUCCGACUGCAGAGCGCAUCUCCCUCUGGCAGAUGGACGGAGUUGGAUGAUGUGAAACGUUUGCUGAAAGGAAGUCGAUCUGCCAGCUGCAGCCCUACUCGGUCAUCAUCCGGUACCCUCCCGAUACCAAAAAAGGCUGUGGUGGAGACAAAGAUGGUCACUGAGAGCUCUCAGUCAGUGUCAGGGACAUAUGACACAACCAUACUGAAUACUGCCCUCCCUUCAUUCAUGUGGUCCUCCACUCUGCCUGCUGGCUCUUCCCUUGGUGGAUACCAUAACAGCUCUUCCUUGAUCAAUGCCAUGUCUCACUCUACAGGAUCAGUUUUUGGUGUUCCAAAUAACCUGGCUCCCAGCAAUCAUACUCUUAAUGCAGGCCUGAGCUCUUCCUCUACAGUAUUUGGAGUUCAAAACAACCUGUCUCCAAGCUCUUCCUCUGCAACCCAGAAUGCCACAGCAGCCUCUGCAACUCAGCAACAAACAUAUGGGAUGAAGAACACUUCUCAGAGCAACACCAUGGCAAGUUCUGGUGUGUCUGCCUCAGCAGGAGGAACUGUUUUGAGCUCCCAGGGAGAUGACAUUCUGCGCAAAGACUGCAAGUUCCUGCUGCUGGAGAAGGAGAAAGCACCUGCAAAGGAGAUGGAGCUCUUGGUCAUGGCAAAGGACACUGGCAAAGUCUUCAGUGCUUCUAACACUGGGCUUAGUGGAGGAUCUUUUGUAGAAGACACCUUGAAGAAAGAGAAGCAGGGAUUUUCCUCCUCUUAUGCUACAGACACUGGCCUAAAAUCAGAUACAAAUGGAGGGCUGAAAUCCAUGCCAAAACGGGACAAAGAAACUUAUGCAGAAAUACGAAGUGGUGAUGCAGGAGGUGCAAUUGGAUCAGCACCAUCCUGGUGUCCCUGUGGUUCCUGCUGUAGUUGGUGGAAAUGGCUCCUGGGUUUGCUUCUGGCCUGGUUGUUUCUCCUUGGAUUGCUUUUUGGACUCAUUGCUCUGGCUGAAGAAGUGAGAAAGCUGAAAUCUCGUGUGGAAGACCUGGAAAAAAUCAAUGGUGGCCUCCUGGCAAUUAACCAAGGGAAUUUAGAAAAGGAUGUUUCAAGAGUAGACUUUCUUCACGGUAACUCACCCUCCUCGACCUUCCCGUAUGAAAAUGAAGAGUCAGUCUGGUUGAUGGUGAAGAGCAGACUGAAUAAGGAAAUAGAACGAGGCUACUUCCGAGGGGAGAGAGGAGAACGUGGUGAGAAAGGUGACAUGGGAAUACAAGGUCCCAAAGGUGAUCGAGGACUUCCUGGUGUCCCAGGCAUUCCUGGUCCAAUUGGGCAUGCAGGACCAGAAGGACCAAAAGGCCAGAAGGGAAGUAUGGGUGAGCCUGGCAUGGAAGGUCCAAUGGGACAAAGAGGUAGAGAAGGGAUACCAGGGCCUCGAGGGGAACCAGGACCACCUGGAUUUGGAGAAAAAGGAGACAGAGGUGCUGUUGGUGAGCCGGGUCCUCCAGGGCCGCCUGGACCCCCAGGUUCUACUGGCCUAAAAGGUCUGAUGGGUUCUCCAGGUCCACAAGGUCCUCCAGGUCCUCCUGGCCUACAAGGAUUUAGAGGUGAAGCAGGACUCCCAGGUGCUAAAGGUGAAAAAGGAGCCAGUGGACCCCCUGGACCCAAAGGUGAUCAGGGUGAGAAGGGUUCUCGUGGAAUGACAGGUGAACAAGGCUCAAGAGGAAUACCUGGACCUCCUGGAGAACCAGGGGCUAAAGGACCUGCAGGACAAGCUGGUCGUGAUGGACAGCCAGGUGAAAAAGGUGAACCAGGUCUUAUGGGAAUGCCAGGUGCCAGGGGCCCUCCAGGACCCACUGGAGAUGCUGGAGAGCCAGGUCUCACAGGACCCCAAGGACCGCCAGGACUUCCAGGCAACCCAGGCCGACCAGGGGCUAAAGGAGAACCUGGAGCUCCAGGAAAAGUAAUAAGUGCGGAGGGUUCAUCAACUAUUACUCUGCCAGGCCCACCAGGUCCCCCAGGCCCACCUGGCCCCACUGGUCCUCCAGGUGUUCCAGGUCCUGUUGGACCAGCUGGUCUCCCUGGACAGCAAGGUCCACGGGGUGAGAAAGGAUCCCCAGGUGAAGCUGUGGUAGAAACCAUCAGAACAGAAGUCUCAUCAUUAGCAUCUCAAAUGCUGGGAGAUCUACAAGGGCGAGCAGGACCACCAGGUCCCCCUGGACCACCAGGUGAAUCUGUGCAGGGACCCCCUGGACCUCGUGGUCCCCCAGGAGAAGGGUUGCCAGGACCUCCAGGCCCACCAGGGAGACCAGGAUCAUCCAUGUCCACCUCAGAAGCAUUCCUCACAGGCCCACCAGGUCCACCAGGACCACCAGGCCCGAAGGGAGACCAAGGUGAACGAGGUCCACGGGGAUUCACAGGAGAACCGGGUGAUCCUGGCCUUUCAGCGUUCUCCUCCCACGGUGAAAGAGUCACCAUACAGGGACCCCCAGGCCCACCUGGCCCACCUGGACCAAAAGGUGAUGCAGGUGUCCCAGGUGCACCUGGCAUCCCAGGAGCAUCUCGAGGUGGAUCGAGACAAAUUCAGGGACCCCCAGGACCUCCUGGACCCCCUGGUCCUCCUGGCCCAAGUGGAGGUUCAUCUCAAGAGAUUCAGCAGUAUGUGACUGACUACCUGAAGAGUGACAACGUCAGAAAUUAUCUCACUGGUGCCCAAGGCCCACCAGGCCCUCCAGGCCCACCUGGACUUAUCACCACUGCAGAUGGGGUGACCUUGGAUUAUGCAGAGCUGGCUACCCGUGUCAUGAGCUAUAUGACAAGCUCUUCAGGUCGCUAUGAGUCAUUUUCUAGCUCAGUAUCCACUACAUCCAUUUUGUACCAAGAACUUCUGGACCUGCUGCAAAGAGAAGAAAUUCGUCAGUAUCUCAUUGGACCUCGGGGCCCACCAGGACCUCCUGGGCCAGGGGGAGAUGGAAUGUCUCUGUCACUGGAUUAUGAUGAGCUGACCAGGAGGUUUAUCAGCUACUUGUCAAGUUCUGGGAUGAGCAUUGGACUGCCUGGGCCACCUGGGCCUCCAGGGUCACCUGGCAUAUCUUACAGUGACCUGACAGCGUACCUGCGAAACUCUGAAUUCAGUGGUGUUGUUGGGCCCCCUGGUCCUGCAGGCCCCCCAGGACCUCCAGGGAUUCCUGGAUCACCAGGCACCUCUCUGGAGGACAUCUCUGCCUACCUUCAAAAUGUUGGAUACUCUUCCCUUUCUGGAGUCCGGGGCCCACCUGGCCCUCCUGGCCCUCCAGGACCACCAGGUUUCUCUGGAACUGGCCUCCUGUCCUAUGCUGACAUCACCAACAGUGACGAGUUCAGGAGUGAGCUGAUCCAGUACCUGAAGAGUGAUGAAGUUCGAAGCUACAUCUCAGGACCCCCUGGACCCCCUGGGCCACAGGGACCACCAGGACCCAAAGGAGACAGUGGUUUUGUGUCUGGGUCUAUGUCUUCAUCAUACCAAGGGUUACGAGCUUCUGAGCACUUGCAUGGAGGAUCCCUUGGUGCUGAGGGCUCCCACGGGGGCUCACUGGGCACAGGCAGCUCGUAUGGCAGCUCCAUGAGCAGCAGAUCCUCUUACCACGCCUCGGUGAGCAGCGAUGGCGCUUAUGAUGCCUCCAUGGGCACCGCUGGGUCUUUUGAUGGGCUGCUGACAGAGGAGGAAUCACACGGGAGAUCAGCAGGGUCGAGCAGAUCCUACAGCAACUCCUUUACUGGUUCCCUGGAUUACAACGAGCUGGCACUCCGUGUGUCAGAGAGCCUGCAGAGCCGAGGUAUUCUCCAGGACCUGAUGUCUUACACAGCACAGGGACCUGCAGGUCCCCCAGGGCCUCCUGGUCCCCCUGGCAUCAGCAAGGUCUUUGCAGCCUAUGGCAAUGUCACCGCAGACCUCAUGGACUUCUUUAGAACACAUGGUGCCAUCCAGGGACCACCCGGUGAAAAGGGGGAGAGGGGUUAUCGUGGACCCAAAGGUGACCCUGGGCCGAUGGGCCCACCAGGACGACACGGGCACAGGGGACCAAAAGGAGAGAAGGGAGAGAAAGGUGAACAACUGUAUGUUGGCAGAAGAAAAAGAAGAGCUGUUGGUGUUUAAGGAAAGAGGUAGCUCAGUUCUGCACAGGGCAGCAUUCCCAGCAGCCAGUAGAAAAUUAGCCUGAGUCUUCACUGUGUUAAUGCUAAAACAUCCCCACUGCUCAGCUGACCCCUUAGAGUUGAUAGUUCAGAUCUGAAUGUCUCUUGUGUGUGUCUGUGUCCAGCAUGGCCCUAGUGUGGGUGUUUGCUCCUGUUACUGAUGUUACUGUUACCGUGCCCCUGAGCUCCCAGGCUGAUGUCCUUGGGGUGACAAGGGCUUCCUGUCUCACCUAGUCCAGGCUUCUUGCACUACUCCCAGAUAUGUAAAAAUCUGGGUUUUUUAACAACUAGCCAACUAUGCAGAAAAAAGAAAACAAUCUCAUCCCCACCAAAUGCAUGGUUUGUCAGGGAUCAGAUGCAGCCCACAAGGCCCUGUGAAAAACCCUGGCCUUGCACAGCCCUGGGAUUCCCUCUCCACAAGCUCUGCCAACCCCAAGUGGAGCCUGUUUACAGCAGCACAGCAAGACAGGACACACACGGGGCCAAACCAAAGCACUUUUGAACGUAAUUUGUUUAUCUUUAAAAAUAUUUUUGUAUUUUUUUCUGGUUUUUUAAAUACUGGUGAAAAAUAAUCUUUAAUGUAAACAGCCCAAUUAAAGUGUGUUUUUAACCCCAUCCCUGAACUAUUGAGGAUGGCUGUUGUGUGCUUGCAGGUUGUUGGGGGCAGGGUGAGGCACCUGAGAUGGGUCAGAGGUAUAAUGAUAAAUACAGUAGCACAACAUUAAAUACUUUUAUACUCAGUUAUUUUAAACAUUGUAAAUAAUCCCCUUCCCUCAAAUGCUUGUACAAAUCACUUGUAUUUCAUGCAAGUUUUCCAUCAACAAAACUAAGGCGAUCUCAGCAAACUGUGAUUUUAUUAUAUUUACAGCAGAAUUAUUACAAUAUUCUACAGAAAGCCAUGAAAUCAAAUUACUUUGAAAAACAAGACAAAAAAACUCCCAAAACUGUUGUAUGGCUGCUACUGCAAGUUCACUUCCACAAGCUGUACAGAGACCCUUAGCCAAUUAUUCAUCCAUCUCAUGAUUUUUGGUUGCUUUCUGUAAGGCAAAAAUAACUUGGUUUGCAGUUAACACAAAACAUUCAACAAACUGCUGGGAGAACACGAGGCCAGUGAUGCCUCAGGCGCGUGUUUUGUCACAGGAUGCUCCUGCUCUGCUUGGCUUCCUGACAGAAAAGGGGGUGACAGUACAACAUUAGAUGCCACUCCAUAUCCCUUCCUCGUUUCUGUUCUUUCCACCAUUUUAGGACUGAUUCUCAUUACCAAAGGAGCUUUACCAUCUAAUUGUAAGUGUGGAAGACUUUGUUAAAUCAGGAUAACCCUGGACUCAGCCACUCCCUUCUGCUUUCAGUACAGGGAAAGCACAUGAGCCCUUUCUCAUGGGUUGGGCAUGAGCAUGUUUCUGCUUAAGGGGAUUUCCUCUGGCACCACUGACUGCCCAGACACCAUAUGUGCAAACGAGCUACAAAAAACAAAACAUGAGCUGGAGAAAAGAGAUGCAGAACAAGUAAAAGUUCUGUAAAAGAAACACUGUCAUUUCUUUUGUCUUCUCCUUCCCUUUAUCUGUUCUCAUCUUUCGAAAGACUGAGAAAUGAUGGGGCAUCCUGGCCUUGGGCUUGCCUGUGAACAAGGAAGGUUAUUUCUCUCUAAUCUUACUUCAACUGCUGUGAAGAUGGGAGAAGUAGCCUGGGAAUGGGAAAUUUGCAUGGACAACACAUCAACACAAGCAAGUUUCAGAGAUUCAGAAGUACAGAUUUUGAUGUAAAAUGAAGGACACAGUGAUGGCCCUAAACACUCCCCCCUGCCCUUUCCUCCAACAACCAGAGUCACUGUCCUCAAACCUGCCCCUCUUCCCCACAGCAGAUGAACCAAGAAGCAGCAGAUCAGUGGAAGCAACUAGCACCAAGCUUAUUUGUACAUUUCAGUUUUCAGCAAUGAUGUCUUUCUGAGGUCCUGGGAGCUACAGCUGCACAGGACCUCAGCUCUGAAAAUCAGGCUACCUAAAAGUGGACUCAGGUGCCUGAAUUUAAACCACCUAUUGGAAUCUUUCCUAUACCAAAGCAAGCUUGAAAUACUUGCAAGGCAGAUGCUAUUUCAGUUGGAGAAUCAGCUUAAACUUCCUAUGUGAUACUGCUGUCACAAAAGACAUGGUGUGACAGAAGUGAUUUCAUUGCUGCUUUGCUUAGCUCUUAGUUAAGGUGCUAUGUUUCCAAUUUUUAAGGAUAAUAAUUCAGUAUAAUAGAGUUAUCAUAAAGUCCUCUGGGACAGAAGAAUAAUUUCUUUAACUGUCUGAUAGAUCAGCUACUGAGUACCUGUGAAUGCAAUUUUAAAAGAAUAUUAGCUUAAAAGAUUACCCAGAAAAAAGGAUGCAGCUCAGACUGAACAUCAGUUUUUAACGUGAUGUGAAAAAUCACUCUGAGUGAAUGCUGAUGGUCAGGACAGUGCAGCCCUGCCAGCAGGGAAUUUGAAUUCAUGUGCCAAUUCAAAUAAAGGUUUACCUUCUGAAGGUGUUUAUACAUCAGGACCUCCAUAAUCAAUCAUAUGAAUAACAACUUCAGUAUCCUAUCUUUACAUGCUGUAUAUAGUUCUCAUGUACACACCAGUGGCAGCAGAGUGCUUGGAGAAGGAAAAUGUGUUUUAUGGGGAUCAGAGAGGAUCAAAUGCUGGAAUAUUUCUUCAUAAAAUAAGCAGGAAAGUUCCCCUGGAACUUCAGAAGAUCAAGAGCUGCCACAGCCCAUUUUCCACUGGGUUGGUAACUCCUCCUACAGCCAGAAUCUCCUAAAAACAGGUAGCAGGUGCACCUGAAGACCUUUAGCCCCCUGAUCUCCCUGGGAAGCACAUGGUGUGAGGCUGAGGCCCUGCAGGCAAGUUUUCCAUGAGGAUCAGUUGUAAACACAGGAGGACAACCCACACACAGCACUGCAAUCUAGGGAUUUAUUGCCUUUUCUUGUUUUCCUGUGGACAGAAUUUACAAUGUAGUAAAACACAAUGGUGAGCAAAUACUGACUUGUGGUCAGCUUUGGAGCAUGUGGGGAAAAUGAGAUCUGCCAGACAGUAAGGAUUGUAAAUAAGUACAUUGUUUUGGCUGCAGAAAACACACUUUACCACCCUGGAGAUGGAGCUGCUAACAUUCAUUAGGGAGGUGACGUGAGAUAGUACCAAGAUUGGAUUUCGCAUCUCAGGAGAUGUUUUUUAGGCCUAUGUGACACCAAAUUAAAUUUGAAUUGAAUUUUCUGACACUGGUACAAUAUUGUAACACCUCUCUCACAUUCUGCUACACUUAAACCAAAUUUUGUCAGUCUAGAUGUGUAAGUACCCAAGCUAGUUCUUGUUAUCACUCAGUAAACAUAUUUUUGUGCUUGGGAUCAAUUCUCAGCCCAGUUCAUAAGGCUGCAAGUGCUUCACAGGGCUCCCCACCUGGAGACCUGAGCAAGGCUUCCAUCGCCACAUCUGAUCCCCCCCUUCAUCCCAGAGCUCAGUUACAGUUAUUUGUGCAAUUUACAAUGAGAUCAGAUGGCAGGGCCUGUGUGAAAAGGAUCUUCAAAUAAAAGAUGUAAGAGAUUCAGACAGAGGUAAACAGAAUGCCAAUACAUAUUAGCAGUGUAUCACUGAAACUACCAAAAAUGUAAGGAGAAGAUUAUUGACAUUUCCAUGUGAGGAUUUAAUGAGGAUGAACGUAGACAUAAUCCAGAAGAGGAAAUCUGCCUGUCCUGCCUACUCCCCAGGUAAAGCAGUGAGCCUACUUCAUAGGAAAUUGCAAACAAAUGCUGUUAAAUAGAGAUGAAGAUUAUUUAAUGUUAUCUUAGUAACAGUCAAUUUAUGAAGGUGGAGCUUAAAAAGCAAAAGGUCUUCAAAGACUUGUUUCUCCCUACUAAACAAACAAUUCAAAAAACUUUGCAUUUAGCAACAAAGAACAUUCUAGAGAUAUGGUGUGUGAAUUUACAACAGUACACAAUACACAAUAUUUAAAACAAUAAAAUGCCAGAAAUUAAGGCUAGCUAUUAAAGUAAUUAUGCUAUCAAAAAGUUACAAAAUUUAAAUUAAAACAUGCAUUUUCCAAUUUUCUUUUUACUGUGCUGUAAAUUAAGUGUCUUCAUUGAGAAGAUUCUGGUUCAACAUCCAAGGAUUUCAGCAUCCAAGGUUUCAACCAGAGCUGAUUAAAGUCCUAUGUUAAUUUCUGAGUUCAUUGCCAUGCAGCAACACUGUUCCCAUGAAAUGAACGCCAUGGAAUGGGCACCAGUUGCACAGUCAAAGCAAGCAAACAAAACGGGUGCAGUUGAUGCCCAAAGAUAUCAGAGAAAGUCAGGCCUCAAAAGACUGAAAGCAAAUACUAUUUUACAAAUGGAGCUCCAACAUACCCAAGCACAGCUUGUACCACUGUCUUGAUAUGACUCAACCUCUAUCCGCCAAAAGGAGUGCAGCAAAAGGGACCUAAUACAGCUGUAUUUCCCUACCCCGCUACAGGAGACACAGUUCAGAUUUCCCACUACAGAUCAGUCAGGCAAAUAACUUAUGGUACAUCUAGAAACUUGAAAAAUAAAACCUGCCUAUGUUAGUAGGUGGCAACACAAAAGCAAAACACCCAGCUUCAAAAGGAGUUUGUCUGUAUAUUUAACUUAAAUCUUUCCUUAAAAUAAAAUGACUAAAAUAAAAAAAAAAGGAAAUUAA